AUGUCCAUUGUUCCAGACAGCUUCAAGGCGCAGAUUAACCAAGGUGUUCCAGGUAAUGUCAAGGCGAGACCAGACCCCUUGCCUGCUGGAAAGAAGAUCACCGCAAACAAGAAACUGCCCUGUGAGUUUGACACCUCGUUUGAUUCCGCCGCAACCAAGGUUGUAGUGAAUGGCCGUGACAGCAACACUGCUAGUGCAUUCGAGGAGGUCGAAACUGCCUUGGCUGCUGGUGACUACUCAACUGCCAUCAGAAUCUUGUAUUACUUGAAGUUGAACACGUUCAUCAAUGAGGAUUCUGCCAACGUUUGGGCCUAUGCGGCUUUUGCCUUUGCUCAAUUGGGAUUUGCAGAGCACGUUGGCUUUGCCUUGAAGAAGAUCAAGGAGGCAGGAUUGGACCAGACCGUUCUUAAGAGUGAAACCAUGACCGAGUUAAAGAAGGUGAGUAAGUAG